AUGGCUUCUUCCCAUUGCAGUCGACGUCUUUUCUCCAUCUCUUCCUUCAAAUCAGCUCUCAGACCCACCACUAACCAUUCCCCUCUUCUCAACGCUUCUCCUUCUAUUAAACCUCACCGUCAAUUCUCUCCCUUUAUCAGAAAUUGUGUAUACCAGCUUGGGAGUGUGCAAUCGCUAUUGCCUCUACAUAAUACAGUAGCAACUUGUAGAAUGGUAUCAAAUCUUAGCAUUGAUUCAAGGAAUUGUCAUGAUGUUUCACAGGUUACUCUUUCUUGCAACCAUCCUGGACCCUAG